UAUGCAGAUCGGGCGCUGACCCUGCCCGCCAUGGCUGGCCUCGGAGCGGGCGGCGGGCUGCUGCUUCUUGCCAUCGGGGCUGUCCUCAUCGCCUACAAGCGCAAGACCCGAGACGCUGACCGUACCCUCAAGCGGCUGCAGCUCCAGAUGGACAACCUGGAGUCUCGAGUGGCCCUGGAGUGCAAGGAAGCCUUUGCCGAGCUGCAGACAGAUAUCAACGAGCUGACCAACAACAUGGACGGGGUCAAGAUUCCCUUCCUCGAUUAUAAGACCUACGCCAUGCGAGUGUUGUUCCCCGGCAUCGAGGAGCACCCUGUGCUCAAGGAAUUGGAUACCCCUCCCAACAUGGAGAAGGCACUACACCUGUUCGGGCAGCUGCUGCAUAGCCGGGCCUUUGUGCUGACCUUCAUCCACACGCUGGAGGCCCAGAGGAGCUUCUCCAUGCGGGACCGAGGCAACGUGGCAUCCCUCACCAUGGUGGCACUGCAGGGCCGGAUGGACUAUGCCACUGGCCUGCUCAAGCAGCUGCUCGCCGACCUCAUCGAAAAGAACCUGGAGAGCAAGAACCACCCCAAGCUGCUGCUGCGCAGGACAGAAUCGGUAGCAGAGAAGAUGCUCACCAAUUGGUUCACAUUCCUGCUACACCGCUUCUUAAAGGAGUGCGCGGGGGAACCCCUCUUCAUGCUCUUCUGCGCCAUCAAGCAGCAGAUGGAGAAGGGGCCCAUCGAUGCCAUCACAGGGGAGGCCCGCUAUUCCCUAAGCGAAGACAAGCUCAUCCGCCAGCAGAUCGACUACAAGAUGCUGACCCUGCACUGCGUGUGUCCUGAGAGCGAGGGCAGCGUCGAGGUCCCUGUGAAAGUCCUCAACUGUGACACCAUCACCCAGGCCAAGGACAAGCUGCUGGACACCGUGUACAAGGGCAUUCCCUACUCCCAGCGCCCCAAGGCGGACGACAUGGACUUAGAAUGGCGUCAGGGUCGGGUGACCCGCAUCAUCCUGCAGGAUGAGGAUGUCACCACUAAGAUCGAGUGUGACUGGAAGAGACUCAACUCCUUGGCACAUUACCAGGUAACAGAUGGCUCCUCAGUUGCCCUGGUGCCCAAGCAAGUGUCUGCCUACAACAUCGCUAACUCGUUCACCUUCACCCGUUCUCUCAGCCGCUAUGAAAGCCUGCUCCGCACCUCCAGCAGUCCAGACAGUCUCCGCUCGCGAGCACCCAUGAUCACACCUGACCAGGAAACGGGUACAAAACUGUGGCACUUGGUCAAAAACCAUGACCACGCUGACCACAGGGAGGGCGACCGGGGCAGCAAAAUGGUGUCUGAGAUCUACCUGACUCGGCUGCUGGCAACCAAGGGAACCCUGCAGAAGUUCGUAGAUGACCUCUUUGAGACAGUGUUCAGCACUGCCCACCGGGGCUCGGCCCUGCCACUUGCCAUUAAAUACAUGUUUGACUUCCUGGAUGAGCAGGCAGACCGGCAGCAGAUUGCAGACCCUGAUGUGCGACACACCUGGAAAAGCAAUUGCCUCCCUCUCCGCUUCUGGGUGAACGUGCUCAAGAAUCCGCAGUUUGUGUUCGACAUUCACAAGAACAGUAUCACGGACGCCUGCCUGUCGGUGGUGGCCCAGACCUUCAUGGACUCGUGCUCCACCUCUGAGCACCGGCUGGGCAAGGAUUCACCCUCCAACAAGCUCCUCUAUGCCAAGGAUAUCCCCAACUACAAGACCUGGGUGGAGAGGUACUACCGAGAUAUCUCAAAGAUGGCAUCGAUCAGUGAUCAAGACAUGGACGCCUACCUCGUGGAACAGUCCCGCCUCCAUGCCAAUGACUUCAACACCCUUAGUGCCCUCAGCGAGCUCUACUUCUACAUCAACAAGUACCGAGAAGAGAUCCUCACUGCCCUGGACCGAGACGUUGGCUGCCGAAAGCAGAAGCUGCGGGGCAAGUUGGAGCAGGUCAUCAGCCUGGUGUCCAGCAAUAGCUGAGGGGCGGGGAAGGGGGACCCAGCAGCCCAGCCCCCUUCUCUCUGCCUCCUCCCCACGGCCCACCCCCCUCCUCUCUUCUGC